AUGGGAAAUCAAGCAAGUAAAGUGAUUGAAAAGUCAAAAGAGAGAAAAGAGAGACGCAUCAACAGCAACUCAAAGAGCAAUCGCCGCAGAAGUACAAUUACAUUGGGUGGUCGUUCUCAUUCAUCGCUUGUCAUGGCAGCCAGCAAAAACGUUCAAGCUAACUAUGAUUGGAUUGACGAAAAGCAGGAUCCAACUUUGAUCCACACACCUCCCCCUUUGCCCAAUUCAACAAAGUCUAGACGCCAAUCCAUAACUGAAUUCUUCUCUGGUAGAAAGAAGAGUCUUGCUCAAGAAGAUUUUAGAGAAAUUGACAGACUCCAGAGAUUGCAUUAUUUGUUGAAAAGUGCUCGCAAAUCAAACACAUGGUGUGAUAUUGAAGGUUCAAUGACAAUUGUGGAUGUUGGCACGGGAAAUGGGAUUUGGGCCCUUGAAAUGGCUUCUGAACUGUUGGACUGCAAAGUCAUUGGACUUGAUCUGCGACCUCCUACCGAACAGCAGGGAAAGCCAAAGAAUCUAAACUACUACGAAGCAGACAUUACUGAAAUAUGGCCAUUGGAAUCCAAUUCGGUUGAUUUCAUCUUCCAACGUAAUAUGGGACAAAGUAUUCAAAAAGACCAAUGGCCGCACGUCUUGAGCGAAAUGCUGCGAGUGUUGAAGCCUGGAGGAACAAUCGAGCUGGUAGAAGCUGAUUUGAUCCAUCAUAAUCCUGGUCCAGUGCAAAGAGCAUUUGAUGAAUUUUAUCAAAAUCAAUGCGCAGAGAAUGGCCUUGAUUUUGCAUUUACAGGCAUCAUCAACAAGGAGCUUGAGGCAAUUGGAUUCUCAGAAUUAGAUCAUCGUACAUUAGAUAUACCCAUCGGUGAAUGGCCUCAAGAUUCUGAAUUGAAACAAUUCGGCUUUAUCAAUAAGGAAAUUCAAAAGGCAUUUCUGAGAAAUAGAAAAAGCUUUUAUGUAUCAAAAUGGGGAAUCGCACCUGAAGAUUACGAACUGGCCGUGCAAGAAGUAUUGACAGAAUUUGAGGAUUACCAUGGAUUUUCUCGCUUCAACUGUUGGAUCGCCAAGAAGCCAUCAUCGUAA